AUGACCGCGGUCGAAACAGCCACGCCGCAUCUCCGGGUGUCGGCGAAGACGUCCAAAACAGAGCCCGCUUCCACCAGAAUCCAGGCACCCGAGGCUCUGGUCGACGACCACUUCUUCUGGACAUACACCGAAGAGCCACACCGCUCAAGACGCCAGGCAAUUAUCAAGGCCCAUCCGGAGGUCACCAAGCUAUGUGGCCCCGAGCCUCUUACAAAAUGGGUCGUUCUCGGCGUCGUCUCCCUGCAACUCACCUGCGCCUACCUCCUCCGCAACACCUCCAUGCUCGACUGGCGCUUCCUGGCCACGGCAUACGUGAUCGGUGCGACUUGCAAUCAGAACCUGUUCCUUGCCAUCCAUGAGAUUUCUCACAACCUGGCGUUCCGCUCGCCCAUGGCCAACCGCCUGCUGGCCAUCUUCGCAAACUUCCCUAUUGGCGUCCCAUACAGUGCUGCGUUCAGACCUUACCACCUGACCCAUCACAAAUCCCUCGGCGUAACAGGCCUAGACACCGAUCUCCCAACAGCGGUUGAAGCCUUCUUCCUAAACUCUCUGCUAGGAAAGACCUUCUUCUGUACCUUCCAGAUCCUCUUCUACGCCGUGCGCCCAAUGUUUAUCUACAGCCCCCCGUUCACCUACAUACACCUUCUGAACCUAAUCGUCCAACUGAGCUUCGACUACGCCAUAACAAAGCUUUGCAACGGCUCCAUCCAACCAGUCGUAUAUUUCCUGAUGAGCUCCUUCCUCGCUGGUUCCCUACACCCCUGCGCUGGCCACUUCAUCGCCGAGCACUACUUCUUCUCAAACGUCAAGACGGGCGGGACGGAGUCUUUGACCGAGCUCAAGAAGAACGAGAAGUCCACCCCCCACCCGCUUGAUUCCCUUCCUCCUCCGGAGACAUAUUCUUAUUAUGGCCCCCUCAAUAUUCUCACUUACAAUGUGGGUUUGCAUAACGAGCACCAUGAUUUCCCGGCCAUCCCCUGGACGAAAUUGCAUAAGUUGCAUGAGAUUGCGAGAGAAUUCUACGAGCCACUUCCUUGUCAUCGGAGCUGGGUUUGGGUUAUUUGGACUUUCAUCUUGGAUAAGGAUGUUGGUCCGUGGUGCCGUGUGAAGCGCGCGCAGGGUGGUCGGAUUGUUGGUGGUGGGAAGAAGAAUGAUGGUGACUCUGGUGCUGCUUCGAAGCAGGGUACUGGUCGUGGUGGUGAGGGGAUCUCGGCUGCGUCGGCAGGCCCGGCUGGUGAGGAGGGCGAUGGGUGGAAGGAGAGUGAGAUUCAAUGUUAG